AUGUGGGAACAGCUCACGGAUGCAUCUCGUGCAGCUUUGAACAGCAGCGAUAACUUUGGAAGGGCUGAGGUUCCGUUCAGUGAUGAAAAAUCGUAG